AUGGCUGCAGCCGUGUCCCACCCCCCAAACACACACGCCACUGUCGCUCCUGCUAUCGACACCGGCACCGGCACCUGCACCGGGAACUCCGCCCUGCCUGGCCACCAUGACAGCAGCGACAGCUCGCGUACCAGCGACGCCAGUGUUGAAAAGGUACCGGUGCAGCUGAGCUCGCCCCCUCUCCAGAGCUCAAGUCUGUCGGCCAAGUCCAGCAAACGCGACCAUGGCCGUCAGGAGGUGGACCGUUCUGUGUCACCCAAACGGUGGAAGACCUUCAUCAAGGCCUUCAAGCACAUCCAUGACCUCACGCCCAAGGAAGUCGACGACUACAUGGCGUCGUACGAGAUCUACAAUCUGGACUGGGCAGACCAGGAUGAGAUGAUAGCCGCCUUCGGUCCCAACUACCAGCAACGGGUCGGUGAUAGCCUCAAGGCUUACUACUCAGUCAUCAACCACCUCUGCAGUCUCGGCGAUGUGGAGAAGAUGUACAUCCCGCCCCUGAUGGACAAAAAGGCGUCGGUGCUUGACAACCAGCUGCUCAACGAGGAGUCCAUUGCCGCCGAGGUCGGCUUGAAGCCGGGCAUGAAGGUUCUGGAUCUCGGGUGCGGACGCGGCCGAGUCGCCGCGCACAUGACGAGCUUCAGCGGUGUUGAAGUCACUGGUCUCAACAUCGACGAGAACCAAGUAGCUCAGGCCAGAGAAUUCAACCAGGAGUGCGGGUUCCGCAACGAAUUCGUAGUGCACGAUCAAAACGAUCUGCCGCUGCCGUUCGCCGACGCAUCCUUCGAUGCAUUCUACGAGAUCCAGGCACUCAGUCUCUGCAAAGACCCAUCCGCGCUCUUCAAGGAGAUUUACCGGGUGCUCAAGCCUGGCGCCAAAUUCCUCUUGCUAGACUGGGUCAGCUUGCCGGCCUAUAACCCCGACGACCCAAAGCACGCCGGCCUGAUGCGCCGCGUCAAGCCUCUAAUCGGCGCUGUGGGGACCCCGACACCGGCGAGCUUCGAGAAGGCUCUUGUCGAUGCCGGCUUUGCUGUCACACGAUCCGACAUUCCCAGCAUCGAUGGACUGCAGGCGCCACUCAUUGACAAGGUCGACAUCUACUUCCGAUCCAUAAGGCGGCUCAUACAUGGACUGGUCAAAGUGCGCGCGCUGCCACUGCACUUCAAGACUCUGUUCGACCGGCUGUGCCUAGACGGCCAAGCCUUUGUGGAAAUGGACAACAUGCGGCUGAUCACCACCACGUACCGCUUCGUCGCCGAAAAGCCAACACCAACAGCAUGA